UUGUUGGACUGAUUUGGGAAAUGUGUUCAUACUCCAUACUCCACUCAACGGAAUGACGGGGCGAUGACGUUGGGAUGGGUUUCGUAGAUAUAUAUUGCAGCAGGCUGGGUUUCCAAUACAUACAUACAACAUUUUGAAAGCAUGGCGUCCACGAUAUCAUCCGCAUUUUCUGAAUUCUUUAGUGUUUUCGCCGGCAUUGUGAUGUCACUCUUCCACUCUCUCCUUGGAGUAUUCCAAGCCAUGUUUGCACUGGGAAAAGAUACCAUCGUAUCAGUGCUGCAGCUCGGUCAAAGCAUUGUGAAGUUGGGCAUGGAUCUGUUCCAAGGCUUCUUUGGGUUUGUUACAGCGAACUUUUUGGCAUUGGCGUUGAUCGGGGGUGGUUACUACUUGUACACACAGAAAUACCAAGGAAAAGGCCGGAAGACAGUAGUACGGAAAUGAAGGGAGAGCACGGAGAGUCUGUAACACGAAUUUAUUGGAUUUUAUAACGAGUUGGAUGGUACUGGACUGUUCUGGAGCGCCGAGGCUCUUGCC